UCUAGUUUGUUGAUUCUGGCAUCAUUGAAGUUCGAAGUUAAUUGUGAUUGGUGUAUGAAACUGCACAAUAAACGGCCCACAACCGUACACGAGUGAAGUUCGAAGUUUUUGCUAAAGUAUCAGACAUGCUGUCUGUUUUGCUAUUUUUGUGAAUACUCAAGAAAUCGUAUAUAUUUGGAAAAAUGAAGAAAGAGAGAACGGCUGAUAACAGCCGCCCAUAUAAAUUAGCUCAUCAAAUAUUAAGCUUAACUGGAAUAAGCUUUCAGAGGAAAAGCAUCAUUGGUUUUGUUGAAUUAACAAUUGUACCACUGCGAGACACAUUGAGGCUGAUAAAACUUAAUGCUAAACAAUGCAGAAUAUAUAGAGUAUGCUUAAAUGAUACAUAUGAAGCUCCUUUUCAAUAUUUCGAUCCAUUUUUGGAUAUCUGUCAAGGAGACAGUAAACAACGUUCUCUGGAGUUCUUCUCAAACAUGCAUUUAGCAGCAGCUCAGAAAGUUGAUCCUGAUAAUAACGCCGGGGAACUAGUUGUUCAGAUACCACCCGAUGCAGCACACUUAGUUGCUGAAGGACGGGGAUUAAGAAUCAGCAUUGAAUUUUCCUUGGAACAGCCGCAAGGAGGUGUACAUUUUGUGGUUCCAAAUUGUGAAGGCACCUUAGCUGAGAAAGGUGCGCAUAUGUAUACAUAUAGCUAUGAAAAUUCGUCAAGACUGUGGUUCCCAUGUGUGGAUAGUUUUGCUGAACCAUGCACUUGGAAAUUGGAAUUCACCGUCGAUGAUUCGAUGACCGCAGUUUCCUGCGGAGAUCUGAUCGAGGUUGUCUAUACACCUGACAUGCGCAGGAAAACGUUCCACUAUGUGCUCAAUACUCCAGCCUGUGCCCCGAACAUCGCGCUAGCAGUUGGACCCUUCGAAAUCUUUGUGGAUCCUUACAUGCAUGAAGUGACUCACUUCUGCCUGCCUCAGCUCCUACCGUCCCUGAAAGUAUCCGCGAAAUACAUGCAUGAAGCUUUUGAAUUUUACGAGGAAACCCUGUCAAAUCGCUAUCCAUAUUCUUGUUACAAGCAGGUCUUCGUCGACGAGAUCGACGAGGAUAUCAACGUUUACGCUACUAUGAGCAUCCUGAACACGAAUUUGUUACAUUCUACCGCGAUCAUAGAUCAGGUGUACAUUACUAAAAAGGCAAUGGCGCAAGCAAUCGCGGAACAAUUUUUCGGAUGCUUCAUAUCUAUGCAGAAUUGGUCGGAUAUGUGGUUGCCCAAGGGUAUCUCUACUUAUCUCACGGGACUGUACGCUAAAAAAUGCUUCGGCAACAACGAGUACAGGGAAUGGGUACAAUCUGAGUUGCAAGAAGUUGUAAAAUACGAGGAACAAUUUGGCGGUAUAAUAUUAGAUCCGUCUCAGCCACCAGCACCAUUGCCCAUCGCGGCUAAUACUCCGGCUCCUGCACCCCGAGCGCCUGAUCCUGGAUUUUAUUUCCCCAUUAGAAAUCUGCACACAAUGUCGCCGCAAUAUAUCAAGGUUCUCCGCAAAAAGGCACACUUAGUUAUCAGAAUGCUGGAACACAGAAUUGGCCAGGAACUACUGCUUCAAGUUUUCAACAAGCAGCUCUCUUUAGCAGCUAACGCUGCGCAACAGAAAAUUGACUCUGGCUUGUGGUCGCACAUGUUAAUCAGUACAAAUGUAUUCACCAAGGCAAUUUUCACCGUAACGGGCAAAGAUAUGGCGGUUUUCAUAGAUCAGUGGGUGAGAACGGGAGGACAUGCGAAAUUCAACUUGAGUUUUGUAUUUAAUAGGAAAAGGAACACAGUAGAAUUAGAAAUUAGGCAAGACACUACGCAUCAAAGAGGGAUUAGGAAAUAUGUCGGUACAUUGUUAGUCAACAUUCAAGAAUUGGAUGGUACCUUUAAGCACACAUUACAAAUUGAAGGUACAGUGGCGAAGGCGGAUAUCACGUGUCAUAGUAAAAGCCGCAGAAAUAAGAAGAAAAAAAUUCCGCUGUGCACCGGCGAAGAGGUUGACAUGGAUCUCUCUGCUAUGGACGAUUCGCCGGUAUUAUGGAUCAGACUAGAUCCUGAAAUGACACUCAUGCGCGCCGUACAAAUCGAACAACCUGACUAUCAGUGGCAGUACCAGUUGAGGCAUGAAAGAGACGUGACUGCACAAUUAGAAGCAAUCGAGGCUCUGCAGAAUCAUUCAACGCCAGCCACGCGAUUAGCGUUGACUGAUACGAUCGAAAAUGAGCACUGCUACUACAAAGUUAGACUACGUGCUGCGCACUGCUUGACUAAGGUAGCGAAUGCUAUGGUAGCGACGUGGGCUGGUCCACCAGCAAUGUUAGCUAUAUUUAGAAAAUUAUUUGGAUCGGCGUCGUGUCGACGGAUUAUUAAACAAAAUAAUUUUUCAAACUUUCAACAUUAUUUCUUGCAAAAGACUAUACCAGUUGCAAUGGCAGGAUUGCGGAAUGCCCAUGGCAUCUGUCCACCGGAAGUUCUAGCUUUUUUGAUGGACCUCUUCAAGUACAACGAUAAUAGCAAAAACAGAUAUUCCGACAACUAUUACAGGGCAGCGCUGAUAGAAGCUCUAGGUGCUACUGUUACGCCGGUUAUCAGUGUGCAACAAGGGACCGCUAUUACAGCAGAAUCUUUAUCAAUCGACACCAAAGCUAUCCUGGAGGAAGUAACGAGAAACUUGAACUUGGAAAAAUUGUUGCCCUGCUACAAAUACACCGUCAGCGUAUCUUGCCUUAAAGUUAUACGUAUCCUCCAAAAAUUCGGCCAUCUUCCAAGCAAUCCUCACCUUUUCAGAGCGUACGCGGCGUACGGACAAUUUAUAGAUAUUCGAAUCGCAGCUCUAGAAGCGUUGGUGGAUUUCACUCGCGUGGACGGCAAAUGGGAGGACUUGGAAUUUCUCUUGGAUAUGGCAGAAAUGGAUCCACAUCCCGGUGUACGUCACAGACUUGUAAGAUUAAUGGUGGAGAAUCCACCAUUCGAGAAAGCACAUAAACAUCGUCUGGAUAAGCCGGAUUUGGUUGAUCGCAUAUGGACUUUAAUUAAUGGCAUGCUGUCACAUGAUGCAAAAUUGCGCUGUGAUUUGGUGGAUCUUUACUAUACUCUGUAUGGCAUAAAAAUCCCGUUUUGUCUUCCUAUCCCUGAACUUGCAAUGCUCACGAAGCCUAGGAAGGCUGGUCCACCAAGUAGUCCAGAACGUGAGAUGAAAGCUGUACCUGUGCAACACAGUGUCAGGCACGAACCGAUCGAUGAAGUCGAGAACUUACCUGUCCCGAACAGAAAGAGACCGUCCCCAAAUGUCGUCGAUCCCUUGGCUCCGUCGAAUUUAGUGGAAUACGGGCCAGAAGUAAAACGACCAAAGCCGCCAACGGCCAAUCAGGAUGAACGGGGAAUUCCAGUGCCCGGUGAAGGAAAAGUCAAGUCUGAGUACUACAGCGAUAAUUCAGCAUCCUUACCAGGCAUUAUGGGAACUCCGGGUCCGGUAGGCUUUGAACCUGGAAUGUUUAAGAAGGAGCCGGAAGAUCAUAAACCGAAAAGUGAUUCCACCAAUAAGAAUAAGAAGAAGAAGAAGGAUAAGAAAAAGCAUAAACAUAAACACAAACACAAGCAUGAUCACAAGCAUACCAAAGAUAAGGACAAGAAGGAAAAGGAUAAGAGCAAAGAUAAGGAGAAAGAUAAAAGCAAAGAUAAAGAUUCAUCGGCGUUAAAAAUAAAGGAUGAAACUCUUAGUUCCGCCAGUUCGAGUCAAAGUCCGGACGCAACGGUCACUAACGAGUUUCUUUUCCCUUGAAAACAUUCUUUUUUACUAUUAAUGUAUAUAUUUGACAAAUUUUUUAUUACAAUCACUAUUUAUAUUUUGUAUAUAACUUUUAUAUGUAAUUGACACUUUACCUACUGUCUAUUAUUAAGUUUCUACAAAGUGUUAAGAUGCAUCGCAAUGAGUCUGUGCAAAACUAAUUCGAUCGUGUACACAUAUAUAUACAUUUUUAAGUUCAGUUACAGAUAUAAUGUAAUAGAAUAAAAAGUAAUAAAAUGUAAGUAAGUUAAAAUGUGUAUAUAUAAAAUCUUAUAAAUAACUAGAAUUUAUAAAUAUACAGAGAGAACAAUUGUGAUCGCAAUAAA